AUGCGAUGAAAUAGUCUUCUGAGGUUUCUUCUGGAGGAAAGUCAUGUCCCUUCUACUAGUGCUGAUUUUGGGAUCAAUGUUUUAUUCCCAAUGUAUAUUUAAUGUUAUAUUUGUUAGUUACAGCUUUGCCUUUUCUGAUAAUUAUGAACAUAUAUCAAGUGAACUGCAAGAGAGACUUCCGGAGUACCGUGUAUUUAGUACAUUUAUUAAUCCUUUGAAUGCCUUGAAACUCCUAGCGGCGUUACUUUGCUUCUCCUUCAUACAGUUCAAGGAAUUGAUCAGAACUUUUCGGAACAUUAAAAAAAAUGGUUUACUCAUAAUAUUUGGUGUUAUAUUUUUGUUCCUAAUACAGAAAGACACUUUUGAAGUAUCUUUGGAGGGACGCACUAUAUAUUCAAUGCAGGACCCUCAAGAAAUUCCAAAGGUAGAUGAUUUGGUGUAUAUCAUUCAAGAAAAAGAUAGAGAAAUAACUUGGCCACGGCUUCUUUUUGCAUCAUCACCGUUUGCUAUUUUGUAUCUUUUAAAAAGAAAGUUUUUUUAAAUUGCUGAGCAAAAAAAUACAUAUGUGACUCUGAAUAAAAUCGAUAAUUGAAUAUAAA